AUGGGGAUAACAAAAAGAUUAUAUAUUCGUGCUGGAACUAGUUAUGACUUAAAUGACAAAUUUCAAAUUGUUCCUGUUAAUACAAACAAACCUAUAACAAUUGAUUCAGAAAUAGGAACUUUUCAACUUCUUAUCAAUAUUAAAAAUUUCGAUGGAUCCAAACCUCAUCUUGAUAAUAGUCUUUAUAAUGUUGGAGAUAAAACUCUUUUGAAUAAACAGCCUGUAGAAGAGAAUAAUGUUAUUUCUGCAUUACCUAAUGAUAUUCAACCAAAUUUACGUAUAGAUAUUAUAUUUAAACCAAAAAUCCCUAUUGAAGGUCUGAGAUUAAUUUUUGGUAAUGAUUUAACUAUACCAAUAAGAGAUUAUGUACCUACAACUAUAUUAUCAGCAGGAUUGAAAUUUUUUACUUGGUUUAUUAAUAAAACGGUCAAAGGUGAUUUAUAUAAUGAUAAGCCCUAUCUUUAUGGAUUAGCACUUAAUACAUUUACAAAUAUGUCAAUUGUUGAUGAUGAUGAAGAUAUAACAGCAAUUGAAGAAAAUAUAUUAUCAGAAGAUAAUGAAGAAGAUGAAGGAGAAAAUGAGACUAAGAACCCAUUAAAACUUCUUAAAAAGAAACAAAGCCAUAGAAAACAUCAAAUAGUUGAUAGAUUAAAUCAUAAGGAAAAUUUAUCAAGUAAUACUGAUAAUACGCUUGAUAUUCCUGAUAAUUCAUUAGAUAGAAUUAAGUAUUUCACAAAUUUUGAGAAUUGCCAAGAAUUUAUUUUUAAUGAUGAGCAUUCCAAAUCGUAUUUCUUACAAUUUGAUACUUCAUUUGUUAAAAUGGCAGAUUCAAAGUAUGCUGUUAGCAUUCCUACAUAUGGUAAUAAGACAUUUGAUAUUAAUGUUUCAAGUCUUACCAAUGAAAUCCUCAAUAAUUUUAAUUGGGUCAUAAAGCAAGAUGGUUAUGAUGGUGUUGAUCAUGGUAAAUUAGGAUUACUAGUUAAUUUUGCAUUAUUAGAUGAAGAAGAUUAG